AUGGGCUGGUUCCCAGUCGGACUCGAAGAGGGUGAGAACAAAUGGAAGUUCGACAUCAUCCCUCUGCUGGCUGUCAUUGGCAGCUCAGCAAUCCAAAAACACAUGCAGGCCAUUACAGCCUCUCCCUUCGCCAUCUUCCCCCGGUUAAUGCCCGCCCCUGAAUCGCUUCUCGACACAGAGCGACCGACACGACCACCAUCCGUCAAGGACGUCAAGAUCGUCGGUGUCAAAUCAGGCAUAGAAUUAGAUGAGCUGAACUUCUUUGCGAAUCUCAUCCACAAUGUAAAUGACAUGGAAGAAUACGAAUUCCGCGUCUACAGAAUCAGCUACGCAACGCGUGAUUCCGAAGAAGGACAAGAUUCGAAGAUCGCAUCAAAGGUGGAAGAAAGUUACCGACGAGUCAACAGGCAUCGGAUCCCAAUCAAACUUAAGACAUUUUGCUGGCUCAAUUUCGUCACUCUCGUCUCCAUUCUCAUCACGAUUGGCCUCUACAUCUGGGCGGGCUGCAUUCAUGAUGGUACCGCCCUCGUCGGUCUGGCUACCAUGUCUUUGUCAACCAGUGUAGCCAGUCUAUCGGCCCGGUGGUACCCCCGUCUCAGUGGCCGUUCGUCACAAGCGGAAGUUCCCAGUGGCGACGUGAUUAUUCGCACCCGGGCAGGUGCGUUUAUUCUUGUCUACGGAGAUGACGACGUCAUCCGCGAGUUGUACGAAGGCAUGGAGGACUGCGAGUACAUGUUCAAGGGGAACACCCACCAUCGACUGCUAGGAACUAGCACAUUACUGCUCAUGGCGUCAAUUAUCCUCCUGAGUAACUGCGGUUCAGAGAUGCAGAUUGCCAUCGGUGUCGCUUACAUCAUUCUGAAUGCCCUGUACUGGCUGUUGGCUUUGUUGGUCGAGCCGCGCGAUCUGUGGGAUAUGAGCAGAUAUAAGAUUGAAUUUGUCGAGUGUCGUCCGAGUACGCCUGACUCGAGCUACACUGAGACGUUGUGGGCCGUCAUUAAUAUGACUGGAAGUGUGGAGUGGGUAGCAAAUGGUGAAUUGAUUCCCCAAACGCCGGCUUGGGAUCAGUGGUUACAGGAAGCGAAGGAGCAUAUUGGAAAGGACUGGGAUCCUGUUAGAAGGAAGGAUGAACUGAUGAAUCCUAGACUGGCUUAUCGCAAUGGUCGGUGGUUUGACUGA